AUGGAUGAAAGCGAAAUUUGGCUGAGCGACGAAGACGGAGACUUUGAUGAAGACGAUGAAGCAGCCUCGGACCCGACAUUCUUCAGUCUCGGGCUCACAUACCAAGGCCAGCCCGGAGCGGCAAAGGAAAGCUGUUUCAGCCUUCCACGGCGGCUCAAAGAAGAGGCCGGCCUUCACCGUCAGCUGCAAUGCAAAGCCAUCAUCCACGGCGAGAUGGGCCCGUCGUUGGAGAAGCACGCCACCCUCCUUGUGUACGAGUUCAAGUUCAACUCAUACAGAAGGGCGCGCAUCAAAGAGGCCGACGUCUUGUUCGAGUUCCACGCCAUGAAGGGCCGGGCCGGGGGGCCGUCAGUCCGCCGGGUUGCGCCGUAUGGACACCACAAGAUGCAAGAAACAAUGCAGUCUGAGUCUUCAAAAUAUGGACUGGAACUCACAGUUGGUCCGAAUAUUCCGGCUGUCAAUGUGGGCUUGACGCUCUCUGGCGAAGCAGCUGUGGACAAGGUCACGAAGCACUACACCGAGGUGACCGGCGAUAACCCUCAGUCAGACGACUGGGGAAACUACUUCCAAGCACGCUUCUUCCUGUCCGAGAACAAUUCGCAGACCAGCGGUAUCCCUGCCAAGCUUUGUGCUUGCAUUCUGCUGGAGCGAGACGACGACGAAGACUUCAUUUGCGUCCCCUACUUGAAAGUAACACCAAAUUUCACAACCAUGGUGACCUCUCUGUUCUCCACAAGAGCGCCCGACGACCCAAUUAUAUUUAGUGUGGCCGAGCCUCCUUUCAAUGAAUUAGACACGAUGGUCGACAUUGAUGUCGAUAAUCUAGGAGCAACCGACUUGGAUCAGUUAUGGGACUGCACUGCAUGCACCGAGUACGGGCAUUCUGUGAAGCAACCCAAAUCGAGGAAUAGCGAGUGUAUUCCAGACAAUAUCGCGACGGAGAAAACGACCGAGUAG